AUGCUACACGGCUUUUUGACUCUGUCUCUUAAUAUCUAUCAAUACCAUCCAUUUCAUUGGCAUUAUCUAUCUAUCUAUCUAUCUAUCUAUCUAUCUAUCUAUCUUUUCAUUUUGAACCCAUUAAUCUAUCUAUCUAUCUAUCUAUCUAUCUAUCUAUCUCAGUCUAUUCAUAUCUAUCUAUCUAUCUAUCUAUCUAUCUAUCUAUCUAUCUAUCUUUUCAUUUUGAACCCAUUAAUCUAUCUAUCUAUCUAUCUAUCUAUCUAUCUAUCUUUUCAGUCUUUUCAUAUCUAUCUAUUUUUGAACCCAUUAAUCUAUCUAUCUAUCUAUCUAUCUAUCUAUCUAUCUAUCCAAGUGUCUAGCUAUCUAUCUAUCUCAGUCUGUUCUUUAUCUAUCUAUCUAUCUAUCUAUCUAUCUAUCUAUCUAUCUAUCUAUCUCAGUCUGUUAUCUAUCUAUCUAUCUAUCUAUCUAUCUAAGUGUCUAGCUAUCUAUCUAUCUCAGUCUGUUAUCUAUCUAUCUAUCUAUCUAUCUCAAACUCGUCCGUGUUGCUUCCUUCAUCAAUACCUUACCUCUUCAGAAUCGAAUAUGCUCUUCAGGAAUGGUUGUGAAGAUGAUUCUCUCGUUUCCUUGCUUGCAGUCCCUUUUUUCCUAACUCUUAUAAAACUGGACGGGUGCUUGAUAUUCUUUAUACAGUCCCUUUAG